AUGAUUGAACCAUUUCAGACGACCUUUGCGGUUCCGAUGAGCUGUGAGAGCUGUGUCAAGGACAUCUCUCAGGCAUUGAACCAGCUACAAGGCGUCAACAAGGUCGAAGCGAAUCUCAAGGAUCAACUCGUCUUUAUUGAAGGCACCGCGCCACCCAGCUCUAUCGUCACAGCUAUCCAGGGCACCGGUCGAGAUGCAAUUCUACGAGGCAGCGGUACCUCAAACAGUUCCGCAGUCUGUAUCCUCGAAACACACUCAACGACAGUCUCCAAUAAGGUCCGAGGGUUGGCGCGCAUGGUUCAAGUAUCGCCUCAUAUGACGCUGGUCGAUUUGACCAUCAACGGAUUGGCGCCGGGCAAGUAUUGGGCCACAGUACGAGAGGCAGGAGACAUCUCCAGAGGGGCGGAGUCUACCGGCGGCAUUUGGGAGGCGGUGAAGUCGAAGCUUCUUGGGGCUGACGCACACAAGGAGCCGCGUGGAAUCUUCGGCAGCGUGGAGGUGGAUGCGAAGGGGCGAGGCAAUGUGUUUUUGGACCGCCCGGUGGCGGUUUGGGAGUUGAUUGGGCGCAGUAUGGUGUUGUCGAGCGGUACGGAAGGCCCGUUUCGGCGCGAAGAUUCCAAUACCUUGGUAGGAGUGAUAGCUCGAAGCGCCGGGGUGUGGGAUAACGACAAGACGGUGUGCUCCUGUUCGGGCAAGAGUGUAUGGCAGGAGCGGCAAGAGCAAGUGGCUCAGGGAAUGGUUUGA